AUGGCAAAAUUUUCACUUGAUUUGUUAUUUUUUCGUCGACUUUACGCGCUCUGUAAAAUUCUAUUCGCCUUCAAUCGACGGCAUUCCGUACCGACUUCUCUACUCUUAGCCGUAUUCGUUAUUCUCGUUUCAGUCGCUGAUCAAGUUGCAACGUAUUUCGUCGGAAUACUACCAAGCGAAUUCUAUGUGGUGUUGGGGAAUCGUGAUGUGACGUCGUUUCGAGUGCUUGCUGCUAAGGCCACACUGAUCAUCUUGGUGAAGGCUUUGUCGUUAUCAGCUAUCAAGUAUUCCACUUCACAGUUGUUUUUGAAAUUCCGAGGAAUCACCGACUAUACGUUGCAUCGACUGUAUUUCAAGAGGAAUGGAUACUAUCGGUUGAAUGUCUUGGGCGAAAACUUCGACAAUCCUGAUCAACGAAUGACUCAAGAUGUAGAGAAGAUGACACGUCUGCUGGCACAAGAACUGCUGGCACCGGUUGUAAUGGCACCGUUCAUUAUUGCGUAUUACACGUACCUCACAUACGAAAGUUCUGGAUGGUUAGGCCCACUGGCUAUAUAUGGCUAUUUUGUGAUAGCAACGGUGGUCAACAAGCUUCUUUUGUCACCGAUAGUGGCGUUGGUGAAUGAGCAAGAGAGGAAAGAGGGUGAAUUCAGAUUACGACAUGUGGAGGUACGUGCCAACACGGAGUCAAUAGCAUUCUAUCAGUCGGGCUUAAUCGAGAACGUGAUGGCGAAUAAAAAAUUGAAUGCACUCAUUCGGGUGCAGAAGAAACUAGUGGAAUGGCGAUUCGCUCUUUGCUGUGAAGUGAUCGGUUUAUAUGAAGAAUUGGUACGACUUCAUGUGGAUCGAUUGGAAACUGAUCGCCCGCCAUCAACAGUGCCUUCGUCGGUGGUUGUGAUCGCAUCCGAAGAGAGCAAUGAGAAGAAUAAUGAAAUACCACAGCCGAGGAUUGAGGAAUUGCAUGGAAUGCAAGGUCGUUUGUUCGAUUUUGAAUCUGAUGAUGAGGAAGCGGAAUAUCUACUGCAGAGGACGAAUGGUGGUCGUGACCGNAAGUUGUGCAUUGAUGAAAAUUAUAAUUGUGCAUUGAGGAGUUUUCGUUGUGAUAACAUGAAAUCACAUUCAGAUUUGUCAAUGCAGAUUGUUCAAGGCAGAAAUUUGUUGAUAACCGGAGACAGUAGUGCUGGCAAAACGUCCGUACUUCGAGUGCUGGCCGGUCUUUGGAAUUGUGCAACAGGAAAACUGGAAAGGCAUUGGAAAUUGAGGCCGUCAACAUUGUUGUUUGUGCCACAGAAGCCAUACUUUCCGAACGGUGGAUGUUCACUUCGACAACAACUGGUAUAUCCACUGAAGGCACUUCCGAUCGAGAAAGAGAUGGGUCGAUUAACGCAAAUUCUGGAAUGGGUCAAACUUGAGUAUUUACUUCAACGAUGUAAUGGAUUCGAUGCGCCUGUUGAUUGGGAUUGGUCCGAAACGCUGUCACCAGGUGAACUGCAACGAUUGUCAAUUGGUCGGGUGUUAUAUCAUCGUCCACGAAUUGCGUUCCUAGACGAAGCAACAAGCGCGAUUGGGUUUGAAAUGGAGAUGACUCUUUAUAAAUUAUUAAAUGACGAACGCAUUUCUUAUGUCUCAGUGGGUCAUCGCUUUUCCCUGAAACAGUUCCACGAUAUGGAAUUGCAUCUGAAUGGACAUGGCGAUUGGACGUUGACGGAUAUCGACAGUGUAAGUAUGGGCAGUAGAACGGCUAGUUUGAUUGGUAAUCAUCAGCAUCCUCAUCGAAUGCUUGAUAUUUAA